AUCCUUGGGAUGUUAUCUAUCAAAAAAUUUAAAAAACAUCUUGCACAUUUUUGGAACCUCAUACAUAUUCAUUAAUAGUUGAAAUAUAUUCCAAUUCCACCUUUAAAUCGAUGGCUCAUUUUUUAAUGACUAUUCACGCCGAUGAUUAAAUUUAAUCAAGACAAAUACUUUGCACUCUCUCGGUUUAUACGUUUAAAUUCUUUAUUAUUUUAAUCACUCUGCUACCUACAGCCGCCGUUCAAUUAUAAUCACAUUCACUUCUCAAUGCGUUUUCAGAGAGGUUGGAUUGAUUCUCACUUGUAAUCUUGUAGUUUUAUUAAAAAUUCAUCAAUUUUCACUGAAGGAUAUUUCAAAAACAUUUAAAAAAUUAAUCCUAUAAAAGUGAUCAAAUUAAAUAAGUGAUUCAAGUGCGAUGAAUAAUUACGCAGUUUUUGUACAAAAUGCAGACAAAUCUUACGGGGCGAGACAAGUUCUUCAGAACUUUAAUAUGCAAGUUUUAAAAGGGUCUAUUUAUGGAUUAUUGGGGGCUAGUGGUUGUGGAAAGACAACUUUAUUAAGUUGUAUAGCUGGGAGAAAGAAAUUAGAUGCUGGAAGUAUUUGGGUGGUUGGUGGUGAACCUGGAAGUGAGGAAAGUGGAGUUCCUGGGCCAAGAGUUGGAUAUAUGCCACAGGAUAUAGCUUUAGUGGGAGAAUUUUCUGUAAAAGGUGCAGUUUAUUACUUCGGAAAAAUUUUUAAUAUGCCCGAAAAGAAAAUUAACGAACGUUAUGAAUUCCUAAAAAAUAUUUUGGAUCUUCCUCCUGAUGACCGAAUGAUUAAAAAUUGUAGCGGAGGUCAACAAAGGAGAGUAUCUUUUGCAGCGGCUAUGGUCCACGAACCGGAAUUGCUAAUUUUAGAUGAACCAACCGUGGGCUUAGAUCCAGUUUUACGAGAUAGCAUUUGGAAUCAUUUAGUGGAAUUGGCUCAUAAACACAACACAGCGAUAAUAAUUACAACCCAUUAUAUCGAGGAAGCUCGACAAGCUGAUCGGAUUGGUUUGAUGCGUGGUGGUCGUCUAUUAGCAGAAGAUUCCCCAGAUCGUCUUUUAAUAGCUUACAACACGGAUAGUUUAGAAGAAGUAUUUUUGAAACUGAGCCAAAAACAAGAAGAUGGUGCUUUUGGAGAUCCGAAUAAUCCACCGGAUGUUCAAGAUAAUGGAAGGAUUCAAAGCGCUUAUUCAGAAACGAGUAUUGCUUUAUCAGAUUUGGGACAUAGAUCUACAGAUAUGUUGACUAAAUUAUCCGAACCAAAUAAAAAGAAAAAGCAAAAACGAGCCUACACCAUAAAUAAACAUCACAUAAAAGCUUUAAUGUGGAAGAAUUAUUUGCAAUAUUUCAAAAAUACUGCUGGUCUUCUAUUUAAUUUGAUGUUUGCAAUUUUGGAGAUGCUGGCCUUUUUAAACGCAAUCGGUGGUGAUAUCAAAAGUAUUGGAAUAGGAGUCGUAAAUAGCGAACACAUGAUGGAUACAUGCAAUCGAUACUUAAGGCAGAAUACGGCGAUACCUCACGGAUUCGUCGAUUGUGAUUUUCACCAAUUAAGCUGUAGAUUUUUGGAGGACAUGGAAGAUCCCAUGAUUAAAAAGGUUUAUUAUGAUAAUUUAGAAAGUGCUUUUGAAGGAACCUCUCAUGGUGCAGUAGUAGGUGUAAUGUAUUUUUCUGAAAAUUUUACCGAUGCUUUUCAAAAAAGAUUAGAAAAAGGGAAUAGCGUUGAUAACGAAACGUUGAGUUUAAGCGAAAUUCAAGUUUGGUUGGAUAUGUCAAAUCGUCAAAUUGGUCAAACACUAAAAUUUAAACUACUAAGUCUCUUCUUGGAUUUUCAAAAAAGUUUGAUAAACGAUUGUAAUUUAUUUGAAAAAUUAGCAGAUAUUCCUAUCGAUUUCAAUUACGAAUACGGUAAUGAUAAAACUACUUUUACAGUUUUUAUGAUUCCCGGAGUUCUUAUAACAAUCAUGUUUUUCUUGGGUACAACGAUGACAUCAAGUAUAAUGAUUCAAGAUCGAUUGGAAGGAGUUUGGGAUCGUUCAAUCGUCGCUGGAGUUUCUUCCGUCGAAAUUGUACUCACCCAUUUCAUUACUCAAUUCAUCAUCAUUUGCAUUCAAGUGAUCGAAGUGAUGAUUAUAACAUUUUUGUUUUACAAAAUUGAAUAUGUCGGAAACAUUGCUUUAAUCACUUUUAUGGUGGUUCUACAAGGAGUAUGCGGGAUGGUUUUCGGAUUUUGGAUAUCAAUAAUUAGCGAAAAUCAUAAUAUGGCUAAUAUCAUAGCAACUGGGACGUUUUACCCAAUUAUCUUAUUAUGUGGAUUGGUUUGGCCUUUGGAAGGACAACCGACCGUUCUUCGUUUUAUAUCUAAAUGUCUUCCAUUUACCGUUGCUAUUGAAUCUUUGAGAAAUGUGAUGAGAAAAGGAUGGGGAGUUGUAAAUCUUGAUGUUUUAAAUGGAAUUGGUAUUUCUUUAGCGUGGAUUGUUGGACUUAGUAUUAUUUCUAUUCUUUUAGUUAAAAGGAAAAGAUAAAUUUGUUACUAAAUUAAUAAUGUAUAGAUUUUAAAAUUAAUUAGUUUAGCUUGAUGUACAAUUAAUGUUUUCCACAUCUUCUAUUUCUGUCAUCUUCAAUUUUAUGGAAGUUGUACAUUUAUUGUAACACACAAAAAUCUUGUAACAAAAUGUAAAUUUUUUUGUGAAGAACGUGUAAAUAAAUAAAAUGAAGAAAAA